AUGGCUGCCGCUGGUGCUGCUCUUGCACUACUACCACCGCUACCAACUAUUGAAGGCCCCAAGCUAGAGGCCUUCACAGACGACAUCGAGAACCAUAACUACACGUUACUCGAAUACCUCGGUUCUGGAGUUCAGUCUGCUGUAUUCAGAGUUCAAAUCGACAAUGAUAUAUUUGUUGUCAAGUUUUUCAAAACCUACUGGCUCAAUGUGCCAACAUUCGAAAUGUACCCUGUCGAGGAACAUUAUAUGAUGGACCAGACACAAAACUUCAAUCCUGCCGUCGACGAUCCUCAGCCCCAAGUUGUACUGGAUGCUUUGAAGAAUCAAACAACACCCUUCUUCAACGAGUGUCGCGUAUAUGGCCGACUCAAGGAACUUGACCGCGAGGAUCUUGCUAUCAGAGCACACGGUUAUCUGCGUGUUCACCUGACAAACAGGUUCCAACAACAGUGGGAGGAUGCAAUCCGACAGUUCCAUCCCAACAGUGCAGCCGCUCGGCAGAGGUGCGAGUUAUCGACUUUACUCGAGCAUGACGACAUAUCGGAUCCCGUAUAUGCCAUCGUCAAAGACUGGGUUCAGGACCACCGCACCCCAGGAACUCCCCCGUCCAACCUGGUGAAGGCGAGGCAGAUCAAGCAUAUCCCCAAGAUGCUACGCGACGUGCACAAUCUUCACAAAUGCGGUAUAGUGAUCCGUGAUUUGAAAGAGCAGCAGUACUAUGACGGUCAACUUGGUGACUUUAGUCAUGCGUGGACGGUCCCUCACCUCCUUGCUCCAGGUAACGGCAUCCGACCUGAUUGGGCGUGGAAGAGCAUGGCGGCGUGGGAUCUGCACUGUUUCCAGCGGGAUAUCAUCAAUCCAGCGACACAAAUGGCACCGAGAAGCCAUCCGCCGCUCAAGCCUCCUACUGUUACGGCGUGGCUCAACGGUGAGCACCGGUAUCAGCUUCGAAGUCGGGAUGUCGUACAGGGGCCACAGCUUCCUCUUCUUAAGUACGACGAUCAGGCCGACUUCGAAAUGAAUUACGAUCCUCCCUUUGACCCAUCGACUUUUAAUUGGAAGGCACUUGAGGCCAGGAAGACAGCGCAGGGGGUUGUUGCUGGAAGGGUUGGUAAGAGGAGGGCGGCUGGGCAGGCGACAAGGGGAAGGGGAAAGGGGGCUAAAAGGAUUAAACUCAAGGUAAAUCCUACUAGGCCUUAG